AUGAACUGCAAAUGCUGCCACUUUCCAAAUUUGUCAAUAGAAAGAUACGAGACCUUAAAAUUAACGCAAAACAAAAAAAUCACCAAGACAGAUAACAACACGCAAAAUAAAAAAAAACCUGCAACAGUCGAAGGGAUAAACGGACCUCGUGUAUUCACUAGGUGCAACACCAAGUGCUGCAAUAACAACCAUUUUGUUAAUAUUAGCAGAAUUAGAGCCAUUAGACAGCUUAAAAGUGGAAUAUCCAAUGGUGGCGUGCUACCCUUGAAAAGGGUAAAAACGGAUGGACCUUCCGAAGAAAAAAAUAAAAAAAUAAGUACUAGGGGAAAGAUGAAAGCGACGAAACAGUCACAUUUGUCUGCGAGUCUGGGUCACGCCAGGGAAAAAAGCUCCAUGCUUUUCCCUGAUGAACAAAUACCGGCAAGAAGUAAUGGUGAAGGGAGAGGCCGCAACGGAAGUAGUGGUGGAAGUGAAGUCGGAAGUGCAAUCGGAAGUGCAGUCGGACGCGAAGUCGAGCGUGAAGUCGGAACUGAAAUGAGAAACGAAGUAGGAAGUGAAAACCGAAGUGGACCGAACGGACGCAUAGUGAAAAUCUCAACUCACCAAAAAUUCACAGGGAAUAAUAAAAUAAAAUCAAUGGAGAAAAAUAAAAGUAAAAGCUGCUCCUUGAGAAACAUUAUGGGUUCCAAUUCGGUUCCAAAUAAUGACAUCCAUGAGGACACCUCGAAUUGGGGCCAGCUCUCUGACAACGCAGAAGAAGAGGAUCCAGAUGCAUACACUCCAUCUAAUGAGCUUCUAGACGAAAAAAAUAUCUGGGAAGGUGCCAAGGCAAAAAAGGAAAAGAAAAAAAAUAUGAACAUUGCAAAUGUUUAUACAGUUUGUCAGGAUGAGUCCUCUUUAAUCAUCGAAGAAAAGUAUCCCUUGGUAGGAAAACACAAGGAUGUGCUGUUAGGAGGAGACGAAACUGAAAAUCCCCUUAAAAUGAAUGGGACUGGGUUUGGAGAAAUGCUCAUAAGUAAGAAGAGCUAUUUAAUUUCGGGUUUGGCGAAUAUGCCACAUGAUGAGAAUAAGGAUGAGUCCACGGAGGGCAAAAGUGGACAUAGGAGUGAAACUAGCAGUGGACUUAGCAUUGGACGUAGUAGUGAUCGUAGCAGUGGGCGUGGUAGCGAGCAUUCUAGUGGCCGCAGUGCCGACCAUGUUAGCGAUCGUAGCAGCAAGGUUAGUAGUGUUACUCAGCACGCCGACGGAAGUGCCAGGGACCAACAGAAGACCCAAGGAAGCCCGCCAAAAGGAAGCCAAACAAGAGACAUAGCACACAUAGCUGAUGAUAUGCCGUUAGUACCAAUCGGAGCGGAAGAAUGUAAGAAGCCAAAAAAUUUAAAGGAUGAGGAAUACGAUAAAAAGAACCUCCAAGCAGACAUUUCAAUGUACAACUUAAUUCGCGACAUAUGUAAAGGUUCCAAGGGGGUGAAGAACAAGGAUGGGGAAGUCCUCCUCAAUUUGGAAAACCUAGCCAGUCGCGAACUAGUGAAGAAAAACAUGUCAUCCAGAAAAGCGAUUAAUCAUGUGAAGGAGAAAAUAUCGACAAUUUUCCACACGAGUGCGGGAAAGAAACAGGACCCCACGUUUGGAGGUGGAAGCCUAGAUUGUAAUAAUCAAAUCCGUUUGCCCAAUGGAGAUGCAGUAGAAGCGCAUAUUGAGAAAGUAAUCGCAGAGCAGGGAAUCGAGCAGACGGGAGAACAUGAAAGCGAACCCAGGGAUGACCCGCGGGAAGACCAAAUGGAACACCUGAGAAACCAAUUAAAUCACCAUUUGUACAAAAAGUUAACAGAUGAUACAAUUACCGAAAGUACUAAUAACACCUGCUCCGAUUUCAACGAAAGUACGCACAACAACAGUUCCCCGAAGAGCACCAAAUUUUUAUUCAGUAUGUGCAAUGACGAGGAGAGGGAGUUAUGUGAGAAGAUUACGCUGCCCAAGUCUACCACCAACAGUGCGGUCAAUAGCAUGAGUGUGUACAUGGAUUCUUCUUCAUCCAUGUCGAACGGAAGUUUAUUCAAUGACGUAAAUAGGAAUAAGUCCAACCUAACUGAGUACGAGAAGAAGGAACAUGCUUCGUGCAAUGUUCAGAAAAACAGAGAUUGUCCAAAUAUAACUCCACUGAAGGACGGGGUUCCCCUAAUCAAUCAUACCGUGCAUGAUAAAAGCAGCAACGUUAGUAGGAGAAGUGCAGUUCCUAGUAGUUCUUUCCCCGUCCAUGGCAAAAUAAUUAAUCUCGUUGGGAACAGCCAAGCACAGCAUGCUGAUGAAGAAAAUAAAAAGGACAUAAUCGAAGAAGAGGGAAACAAAAUAGCCAAUCUGAAAAGAAGCAUAAACUCAGAUGUAGAUUACAGUUUAAAAAAAAAAUUAAGAAUAGAAGACUACUCUUUACUCAAUUUAAAUAUAUAUAAAAACAACCCCCCAGAAUUGUACAAAAAUAAUAGCUACAAUGCGUACAUAUUGAAAAGCCUACAAAAUGCUUACCUAAGGGAUAAAUUAUUGAACGGAACGCAUAUCCAAAUCAGUAGCAGCAAUACGAAAAAAGAAGGUGAAGUGCUGUCCUACGUUGAGAAUAGCCCCUGCAAUAGUACAGAAAAGUAUAAGUACAAACACAUCAGCAAGGGUGGCAAUACAGAAGAAUAUGAUGAAGCGGAGGGGUGGGAUUUUAUUAGACUCACAAAUAAUGAAAUGGAUGAGAAAAUCAACGGGGAAGAGAUGGCAAAGAGAAAAAGGAAGCAACAUAACGAUAGGAAUAGCUACCAUAAUGAUAUACUACUGAAUGGUAUAGUAUGCCCCCAAUCGACACAACUUAUAAACGUAGAUAACAGUGCAUGCAGAAGUAGCCCCUUCAAGGAACAGAACUUUAGCGCUACAUAUAAAGGAGGCGAAGCAAGUGACCAUCAUUUUAACAGCAUAUAUACGAAUGCUGCAAAUUAUUCCAACCUGUUGAAGGAAAAACAGUUGGACAAUGUGCAUCUGAAUCUACAUGAUAUUAUAAACCUUCUAGAGAAAGAAAGAAUCGGAAACUUAUACAGUGAAGAAGAAUUAGAAUCCAUAAUAAUUCCUGUGGGAGGGGUUUACUACGAUUCUGGUAGACAAAAGUGGUUAUACAAUUAUGACGAUGCGGAUAAAAUGACAAAUAUGAGUAGGAAGUUUUUGUCUACACAGAGCUAUUCUUAUCAUCAGUCCAGGCAGAUGACACUACAACAUAGGUACAACUACAUAAGGAAGAAGUAUAACAUUUUUAGUAACCUUGAUGAUGAGGAGAGAACGUUCUUUGUCUCCAUCAGUGGGUAUGCAACAGGUGGAAGGGCUCCAAACGGGGGAACUCAAAACGGGCGAGAUCCAAACGGGGCAGCCCCACACGGGGCAAACACCAACCAAAGGGUGAGCGCAGACCAAGGAAAGAACCCUCUCGCCAAGCUCUUGAACGAGUAUGGCCACAACACUAGCACUACAUAUGGCUGUACUACCAAAGAACCAGGGAUGAAACCAAUAGAGAGGUGCAAACAGAAGGACGACCCGAAAGAACUACAACCAGAAGGUGAAGAAGCAGAAGAAAUAAAUCACUACCACAAUGGCAUCGAUGAGAAGCGACGCCUUUUUUACAGUAUAAACAAAAGCCCCUCCGACAUUAGAGAAACAAAUUUAAAUGACACGAUUAAUCCGUUAAGUAUUCAGACUCCCCCCAGCACUUCUACGUCUUCAUCACAUGAAGGCACUCAUACAAACCGUGCAGUUAGUGGCAUAGGGAAAGCUGACUUCCCAAGUUACAACAUAAUAAACGCAGAAAAGGAAGUACACACUUGGGUUGGAGAAAUUUCCAAAAGUAACAUAAAAGAGAAAUCCUUCCCUGAUGAGGUUCAAAACGCAAGUACUGUUACUCAAACUGGAGACACCUAUGGAGAGUACUUCCCCCAUAGUAGCCUCACCUCGAAGACGAGAGCCGUUCUGUACAAAACUCUAGGCGUAGAAUUCUCCAACGAUUUGGUGGACAAAAUGCAGAACCUACCGAAGGAAAACAUAUUCUAUGAGAGAGACAAAAAAAGAUGGGUGAUUAAAAUUUUCGAAAAGAAGACAAACACCUUGUUAUAUUUCAAAGAAUUUGACUGCACCGUUUUUGGAUUCGUCUAUGCAUGCAUCUUAACCAUAGAACAUAAACAUUUAUACCUAGACUAUUUUCUAAAUGAAAAAAAUUACGAUUUCUUGAUGCAACUGAUUCAGAAUAGCUCCUUGAAGAGAAAGCUUUACUUCAACUCUGCAGUUCGAUCGACUGGUCUAGGAAGCAACGGGAGCCUUGCAGGGGCCAACAUGUUCUUCAUGGAGGGCGUCAAUGAAGAGGCGAGCCUAGAAACGAGUGCAGAAGCGAUUGCAGAAGCAAUUGCAGGAGCGGGAGCCGAAUUUAACUACGACGCAGAUAGCCAGCGAAUCAAAUCGAGACAUAACCCCAACUUUGCCUACUUGGUGGAUAACCCCGACGCGGUAUGGAACGACAAAUGGUUAAGCCGAUUUGGAGAAUUUUACCAGACGGAAAAAUUUGCAAGGGAAAAUUUAACCAUGUAUACUAGCGGCACAUCGCUGAGCCAGCCCUCACAGCUAGGACAUAUUUUCCCCCAUAAGAAGUACCCCUCGAAAAAUGACUUGCAAACAACCCGAAAUGAUAUGACUGAUAGAAGGAAAAUUAUUCCUUCCUGUUUGCAAAACAGAAUGGAUGGAAAAUAUUUUACCAAUGCGGUUGGCACAAACAUCUGUGGCGGAAAUGCCGACUGUUCGCGAGAGAAGGAGAAAGAGAUGAACUGGCUACAAAUGGAAUGGCCCGAUGUCGAACAGCUCAAACGAUCUCCAAAGAAGGAGCAUCAUAUUACUGAAAAUGGACGAAAAAAUAACCCCCGUGAGGAAGGAUCCCAAAAUUCCUUCGCUAACCAGAUGGAGAAAAUGCAACAUUACCUCCCACACGAUGAAGAUAAUAACAAAACGAUGGUCAGAAGUAACGUCAUAAAUAACGUCAUAAGUAACAUCAGAAGUGACCUCCGAAGUGACUGCUCCAACGAAGUAGCCAUCUGCAAUGGAAAUAUCGAGACACUGUCUCCCCACAGUGAAUUCCAAAAUAGCGAAAUUUCCAAGGAUCAAGUGAUAAAUGCUGACGAGACUGAUGAUAAGAAUAGGAAGAAAACAAGACAGACGAACCAAGUGAAGGCGAAAAAAGAUUCCCUAUAUUAUAAAAAAACGAAAAAUUCAAAGGAUGUUGUAGCAAAUGGAAAAGACUCCACCCUUACGGAGGAUUUGAUGCAAGAAGAGACAAAUAAUUUGCUCAAAUUAGAUUCCUACAUAGAAUCGUUGGAAAAUGACACGGGCGCAAUUUCCUUGGCGAAAGAAACAAUCCUUUUGCUUCUUAAAGACAUUAUAAAUUGUAUCCCCUUUCAAAUGGCCCCCUCUUUAAUAUCGAGAAAAAUUUACUACCAAAAAAUUAAUGCGCAUGUUAAGUUUGUAUAUCAUGCUCAAAAUAUUCUCGACUUGAUGCCCUACUUCUUCAUAUUCAAGAAUGUCAUUAAGCAGAAGAAGCUGCCAAGUGACCAGUCCCUCUACAUUUGCAACGUUUUGCUGUACGCCUUGUUCGAGGCGUAG